AGACUCACCGUGGCUGAGAGAGAGGUUAAAUUUUUACAAUCAAAAUGAUAGCCCUGACUGGAGGCGCUUAUGGGGGUAGUACCAGUGUUGUAUCUUGUGGAGUGAAAGCACAAGGUCAAUUAGCUUUGCACUACGAUAGCUUAAAGGAUGAUCACACACCGCUAAAAUUCAGGGGCCGUUCUAGGGAUGUGGGUAGGUUCUACUCACCAACUACGGCUUUGAUUGCCCUGGGUACCUUCGUCGGCCAGAUUUUCCAUUUUUGUAAUAAGCAAAAUCGAUUGGUGCUUCGCCGAUUAGUGCAAUUGAUGUGUUGCCGAUACGAGACAUAUUGACUAAUAUUUUGUUAUCUCUUCUGGCUUUCUCUUUGACAGCAAUGCUUCUAGUCGUAUCACGCCAUGAGCGGAUGGCGCCAUUCAAUGUAACAGAAGGGGUUUCAAAGAAGUAUGCAAAAGUCGAGACUUUGAAACCAAUCGCUCAAGGUAAGCGGGUCUACUUCCAAUUAAUUGACUUUCACCAAUGAGAUGGCUUGAAAUUUUAAAUGCAG